AUGCCCGCCGGCCGGCGGCCACAACCCCGGCGGGAGACGAGGUCGUUGGCCCUCGCCUGCUUUCUGAUGGGGGCUGAGACGGGAGGCGGGCCAGGAUGGCUGGAAGCUGCGCCGCCCGGGCCAAGACCCGUAACGGACUGUAAGCCGCGCCGCAGCCCCCGUCUCAACCGAAAACUCGCCGGAGCGGCAGCUGGUCCUCGGGGAGCGCCGCGCGCUUGGCUCCCCCGCGCGCCCGGCUGCCGGUGCGCGCGCUGGUUUCUUGCGCGCCCCCUUCCCCUCGCGCGCCCAAUUCUGCUCGCGCGCGCCGCGCCCUCGCGGACUCGCGGGAGCCGCCCCGCGGGGAGGAAGGCGGCGAGGCGGAGGGAGGUCGGCGGCCACCGCUCUGCCGCCCUGGCCAUGAAGGCAGGGCUGGGAAGCAAACUUAGGGCGGCAGCUGGCGACCCCGGGCGCGAAGGGGCGCUGGGGACCGAGGAGAGUGCAGAGUCGCCAGCCGGGCCCAGCAUUGUCCUGCUUUUCCUUUGCUCUGGUCUCUCCGCCCACUGCUCGCGGUCGUGGGGAGGGGUGCGGAUGCGGGCGUCGUGCCCGCGCUGCUCCGGGCUGGCGGCGCACCCCCAGAGUCGGUGCCUGCUUGAGCCGGAGUCUGCCCCACCGACCCCGCAGCCGCCACCCGUCGGGGCCAGGGAGCAUCUUUGCAGCUCUCCAGCCUUCGCACCCGCGCAGGCUGCUUGGGUGCUGAGCUCUUCUUUGUAA